ACAUCGGCGUCGGCGCCGGCUGAGACGUGCGUGCCAGCAAUCUAUGAAGAAUCGAAGACCGCAGGAUCCGGCUUCAUAAUGGAUCUCUCGACACCGCCUGUUUCUCCUGAAGACGAAAAAUCUAAGACUACCUAUGGCUGUGUGUCAGGUGUUUUCACUUGCCAAACUACAGAUGCCUCUAAGCUGUGCGUUUAUGAUGCCUUAUGCAAGCUAAAAGAUAAUGGAGACUUUGAUAUAGGCGGCACCUACUGUGAAACAGAACCUGAGUUCUGGUUCUUUAUAACAACAUCAUCAUGCCAUGGAAAUAAUCAUUUAAUGAACUUAUUUGUGUGCCACAGAAAAACUGGAGCUUUCUCCAUAGAAACAUCAAAUUCCAACACAUUGGUACAAAAAGUGGCACCUGAUGAUGAUGUGCCUCAUCUGUUACUUCCUGAGACAUUUACCUCAUAUAUGUUUAGAUCAACCAAACCAAAUCAGAACUUUUUCAUUAAGACAUUCUGCUUUAACGACCUAGAACGCUUCAAUUCAUCUUGUACACUGAUAGUACCAAUUAAGAUAAAUGUCAACCCAAAGUUUGUGUUGAAUAGUAAUGUAGUCAAGUCUAUAAAGCUCCAACAUGAUUUGAGUGGACUUCUGACAAAGCAAGAGACCACAGACUUUGUUCUAGAGUCUGGUAGCCAUAAGAAGUUCCAGGCGCACAAAAUACUGUUGGCCGCACACAGUCCUGUGCUCAGAAAUAUGAUUAAGAAUAGCAAUGUUACCUCUUUGUUUAUUGACAUAAGUGAUGUCGACAUGGAAUUGCUCUUAGAAUUUAUAUAUACAGGCACAAUCAAGGAUGUGAUGAAGCAAGACUGCCUGAAGCUGUUGGACAUAGCAGAUAAGUUCCAGCUAAAACAGCUGUUUGCACUCACACAACAUGUCAUUGGUGAUCAAAUCUGUGUGAAUAAUGCUGUUGAGAUGGCAGUGAUAGCCAAGAGAUAUAAACUUGAGGAUUUACAGAAGAAAGUAUUUGCUUAUAUUGCAAAUCACCCGAAAGUGAUGGAGACUGAAGCUUGGAAUGACCUGACUGAUGUGGAACUGACCAAGUACUUGUUCCGGUACACUCGUUCUAUGAAAGAUUGAUGUUGCAAGAAGAAAGCAAACUUGAAACGAGUACAAUAUUAAUGUGUUAAAAACAUAUUGUUUCAGUGCUUUUUGAGAUUCAGUAGGAAAGUGUCAGCAUAAAUUUGUAAAUAUGUAUUGCUUAAAGUUACUGAUUAAGUAUGUAAUGACUGUCUUAAUUAUAGGGCUGUUUCCAAAUACCAAUGCCACAAAUUACAAUUUUAGUGUACACUUAAAAUAGUUUAAGAGUAUUUAUCUUGAGAUCCUACGGGAGUGGAUUAUUCUAGACAUUUCACUAAUGUUGUCUCAUGUAUAAUACACUUCUAAUAAUGUAGCUUCUUGGAAAACAAAGUAAUUUAGCAGGUUUACUUGAAAUAUGGAUAGUUCAUACUGCAGUAAUGCACAGUAUAUUUAUUUUUUGUAAUAUUCUAAUCAUGAAAAUGCUCGACUAACACAGCUAAAUCAAUUUAAGGAGAUUUCUCUAUUCAAUGGAAUGUGAUUCAUGAAGGAACAUUAGACAGGCAGAGGUAGAUGGAACAUGGUAAAGGUCUGUGAUAGUAGUCCGAGCAUAAUAUAUUAUCUAUGUAAAUAAAAGAGUAAAUCUUUUAGGUGCUGUGACCACACCUUCACAAUAAAAAACAAAUUAUGUUGUUUAUAAACUAACAUAUGUAAUAUUAUGUGGUUAUAGUAUUUAUUGCAGUGAAAAUGUUUGUUAUUUUCGGUGUAUUCAAUUAUAAGGAAGAUUUU